AUGUGCCCUAAACUUUAUCCAAAAUAUUUUGGAAACUACGCACCGGCAGGAAACCUUACUGCGGGGAAUUUCUCAGAAAAAAAAGAUUUAAAAGGCAUAAGGCAAUGUGUUAUUGGCUGUUGCCUUGCAGAAACUUGUCAUAUUGUGUUCACGGUGGAAUCACGGUGUUACCAUGUUGAGUGUGUUACUGAUGAGCUCUGCUUACCACUACCUCGAGUAGGAGCUCAUAAAUGGGAAUCACGAGUUUCUAUGAUACUUGUUAAACCUGUGUUACCGAAUGAGAGCUGGUUAGACAUUUUGGAUCAAUCCAAUAACAGAGAGGUGAAUAAUAAUUUCUCACCUGAUGAUGAAUUAUAUACUCCUUAUACAAGUCGAUAUAGCAAUCUUUUAAGUGUGAAUGAAGACUUUUUAUCAAAUUUCCUUAAUAACUUGCCGAAUAUAGAAGAUGAGGGAUCACAAGGCUAUAGCAAAUUUCGAGAAAAUAAUGACAGUGAUAUGUUAAUGGAUGCAUCAAAAUUCAUUGAAAAAGUACCCUGUGUUGUCGGGGAGUCUGAUGACUGCCCUUACAAUUCUGAAUGUGUAUCUCUGGGACUAAAGUUGCGUAAUGGAAUCUGUAAAUGUAUUCCUGGCACUGAAGAAAACUCCCAAGGAGCAUGUGUUCAAGCAAUAAGACCUUAUGCCAAAGGACCCACAAUACCAAUAGAUUCAAUUAAAAAAAAUGAGGAAAUUAGUGAUGAAUCAAAAAUUGGUGACAAUAAAUCUGAAACACCAGCAUCAAGACAAAAUUUGACAGUUUCAGUAUUAUCAAAGCAGGUUCAACUUCCAGACAAUGAGGUCACUCUUGCUGCUUACACAAUACCUGAUGAAAAGGCCACCAAGAGUCAUUAUAACUAUGUGUGGACUUUGGUUGAUCAGCCCAAAGAUGGAUUCACAGGCAACAUGAACCAAAACGGCGAAUCGGUGACGCUGACCGACCUGACCGAGGGCCAGUACAGGUUCAAGGUGGCCGUGAACGGGAGCAACUCGUACGGCGAGGGGUUCGCCAACGUGACGGUGCUGCCGCCGAAGCGGACCAACACGCCGCCGCUGGUCGUGAUCACGCCGCAAGCGCAGACCGUGAAGCUCCCCAACUCCGGCGCCGUGCUCGACGGCAGCGCGAGCAAGGACGACGAUGCGAUAAUAUCGUGGCAUUGGGAGCUGACGUCAGGCCCCAUAGGGUACCAACCGCCGCUGCUGGACGGGCCUACUCUGGUACUUAAAGACCUUAAGCAGCCCGGUAACUACACGUUCAAACUGACCGUCGAAGACUCCGACCACGUCAAAAACUCCACCUACGCCAACAUCACCGUGUUGAACCAUACGGACUACCCGCCCGAAGCAAACGCAGGUCAAGACGUCAUCAUAUAUCUGCCGAACAACAAUUUGACUUUAAACGGCAGCCUCUCGACUGACGACCACGAGAUCACAUCCUGGGAAUGGACAAAGUCUACCGAGGACGAGAAUAAAGCCGUUGACAUGCAAAAUACACACUCUCCCUACUUGCAGCUAUCGAAUCUAUCCGAGGGCGUGUACACGUUUGUGUUGAAAGUCACCGACUCGUCCGGCCAGUUCUCUACGGCUGACGUGCACGUGUUCGUCAAACCGCCCACCAACACACCACCAAUCGCCGACGCGGGCCCCGACAUUUUCACAUCGCUGCCCCAAACGUGGGCGCUGCUCAACGGGACCGGUUCGCGCGACGACCACCGCAUAGUCGCGUACACGUGGCGAUGCCUCUCCGGCCCCACCAACUCGACCGUCGUGCGCUUCAACGAGUCGCUCGCGAACGCCACCGCCCUCACGAAGGGCCAGUACGUUUUCUCGCUGACCGUACUCGACGACAACGGCAACUCGGCCGCCGACAACGUCACCGUCACCGUCACGCAGAACAAGAACAGUCCGCCGAAAGCGGACGCCGGCGGCGACCAAGUGCUCGCUCUUCCCCUCCCCGUUCUCAUACUGAACGGUUCGAGGUCAAACGACGACUUCCGCAUCGUCUCCUACAAGUGGAAUCGUGCGGGGUCGGGCCUCGCCGCGGGCACCGUCAUCCUGGACUCCGACACGCAGCCGGUGCUGAUGCUCACAAACAUAGAGUCGGGUAGAUACGUGUUCGAGUUGACGGUGACGGACGACCAGGGCGAAACCGAUAGGGACACCGUGAGCGUGCAGGUCAAACCGGACCCGCUGGAAAUGAACCUACUCGAGAUGACGCUGCACACGCCCGUAUCGACCUUCACGAAGAGCCAGCUGGACGCUCUCGUGCAGAAGAUGACGCUGCUCCUGAAGGACGACAUCAAAGUGAACGUCACCGAGAUUCGCGGCGAGGUCGACUCGGGGAAUACGCAGAUAAUAUUCUUCCUGUCCGAAAAGGGCGCGGCCGUGGAGGGCGUGCGGGCGCUGGGCGCGGCGCGCGCGACGGGCGUGACGCGCGGCGCGGGCGUGGCGCGCGUGCGCUCGCUGCGCUGCCUGAGCGCGUGCUCGGGGCGCGGCACGUGCGACCGGGCGACGCGCGCGUGCCGCUGCGACGCCUUCUGGAUGCAGAGCCUGCUCACGCAGCUCGACCCGGACGCGAUGCCGGACUGCGACUGGUCGGUGGUGUACGCGAGCCUGGGCGCAGUGCUGGCGCUGUGCGCGGUGGGCGGCGCGUGCGCGGGCGCCGCUCGCCUCGUGCGCCGCCUGUGCGCCCCGCGGCGGCAGCGCGCGCGCCCCCACUACCGGCUGCUGCCGCGCGCCGACGAGGACAAGCCAUUCACCAGCAAAGAUGUGUCAGAUACUGAAACGGAGUCAGACGUGCUAUAUGAGUCGAAGACGAAAUUCACGUCUUUUUCGAAUCGCGGCUCAAACGGCGAGGCGCAAGUUGGGAACGGAUGGAAGAAAAAUGGUCUGAAAGGUUCUAGGAAAGUAAAAACA